AUGGAUAGUUGGUAUGAAGUGCUCACAGCAUGCGAUCCAAGUCUAAAUGCUGUUCAAUCCAUAACAGCAAUCGCCUUCGAUCCAUAUCAAGAACUUCUAUGGACUGGAAAUGACAAAGUAAUUGUUGAUAUUUUUCAAAAUUUAAGCAAUGAAGAUACUUCAAAUUUACAUUGCAUGGCUUAUACUACUAUUCCAAAUCCAGAAAUUUUGGCUGCUGGAAAACAAAAUAAUAUGCUUGUUAUCAAUGUUGCAAGAGGUUCUGUAGUUAAAAAGGUUGAAUCAGCCAAUGAAAUUGUGGUUAUGCGAAAAUCAAGGCUUGUUUGCUGUGGUGCAACUUCUGGUGAAGUGAUUUUGAGAGAUCCGAAUACUUUCAGAGUUGAACACAGAAUACGUGCACACACUGGAACUAUAUCUGAUAUAGAUACUAGUGGAAAUUUGUUACUAACUUGUGGAUUUUCUGUCAGUUAUAUAAAUGCUUUUGACCUCUCAACUUCUGGUGAAAUGCUUGCAUUUGGUGACAGUGCUAGUAUUGUACAUCUUUGGAGUGAUAGAAAAGGUUCAAAAAUUAAUGCAUACUCUAGUAAUGUUGAGUUACCUGCUGUUCCUUCUCCAACUCCGAAUGUAUUUAUUGGUGAAAAUGAUCCCUUAUCAUUAAUCGGAAUGCCUUAUUACCGAGAACCAUUGCUUUCUGUGUGGCCAUCUAAUAUGAUGUUUGAAGUCGGAAAUCCGCCUCCGAAAAUCGAUCCUGACAUCAUGAAUAAUAUGAAAAUGAUUGAUUUUGUUGGAUACGCCCCAAAUAUAGGUAACAAAAAACGAAAUCAAACUGUUAGAUGGUCAAAGAAAAAGCAUAAAGCCGGAACCCCAAAGUUUCAUUCUGAAAAGGAAAGAGAAUUGCAAUCUGGAAAGGAAUCCAAGGAACCGGUCAAUUUAUUUGAUGAAGAAGCUGAAUUGGGUGCGAUUGGUACUAGAAUGCCAAAAUAUUAUAAACGUGUGGAAAUUAAAUAUAGUAGAUUUGGCAUAGAUGAUUUUGAUUUUGAGUUUUACAAUAAAACUCGUUAUGCAGGAUUAGAGACACAUAUAACAAAUUCAUAUUGCAAUUCGUUAUUACAAGUUUUAUUUUUCACACCGGCUCUUUGUUUGAUAACUAAAUCUCAUAUUGGUUCUUCAUGUUCAAAAGAAAAUUGCCUUUGUUGUGAACUUGGGUUUCUGUUUCGUAUGUUGGAAGAUGCUGUAGGAAGAAAUUGUCAAGCUUCUAAUUUUUUGAAAGCUUUCAGUACAAUUCCACAAGCUCUCGAUCUAUUUGAACCGGAUAAGCCUGACGAAAAGUCUCCAUAUUCAAUGCUUAUUCAGAAUUUUAAUCGUUUCAUCCUUGAACAACUUCAUCAGGAAUGUAAUUCUGAUAAUAAUCCUCGAUUGUUAAAGUCUUUGCCUUUGGAAAAAACUUCUCUUUCGGUGAUACAACAAUUGAUUGGAAUGCAAAUGAUUUCGGUUAAUAAAUGUCAAUGCGAAGCGGAAACUGAACGAAAUAUCACUUCAUUUGUUGUUGAUUUAAAUUAUUCUAUAAAAGACAAGCAUACUGCACCAAAGUCUUUUGUAGACAUUUUACGAUCAAGUAUUAGACGCGAAACCCAACCAAAAGCAUGGUGCAAUAAUUGUCAACAAUAUACUCCAAUAAUCGCUAAAAAAAUACCAAAAAGUUUACCGCCUGUUUUAACAAUUAAUUGUGGUCUUGGAACAUCAGUUCCAUUAGAUUACUGGAGAUCACUUGAUAAAAAUAAAACUUGGAUUUCUAUGAGAUUAGAACAGGAUGAUUUAAUUGUAAAAGAAUUGGCAUCAGAUGCAGUUGUUGAUACUAGUUAUACAGGCAAUUUAGAUAGUGCAAAUUAUGAAAUAAUGGCAAUUAUUGCUCAAAUUAGGAUUGAAAAAGAAACGCCACAUCUGGUAGUUUUUAUAAAAGUUCCUAACAAAGAACUAGAACCAGGGAGUAAAGGUCCUUGGUAUUUGUUUAAUGACUUUUUGGUCAGAAAUGUGACAGAGCAAGAAGUUUUCAAUUUUCAAGGAUUAUGGAAAACACCAGUAGUUUUAUACUACUCAAGAAUUGAUAUUACUGAUCUGAUAGAUAUAAGUGCCCUACCUUCUGAAAUUGAUAAAUCUAUAUUAUUUAAAGAUAUUUCUAUAUCCAAGUUGGUGGUUUUAAAUUUCUUUUUGAAAUGCAAAUGGUAUACCAUACUUAAUUUAAUCAAAUUGCUAUUUAUUAGGCAUCGUUUAACCAAUAAAAAAACAGCGCACUUACUAACACCAGAGGAAUUGCCACAACCUGGAACAUUAGUCGCAAUUGAUGCCGAAUUUGUUGUUUUAAAUCAGGAGACAGAGAUUAGAAGUGACGGAACAAAAUCAGUUAUUAGACCAAGUCGUCUAAGUUUGGCUCGUGUUAGCGUUUUACGUGGUGAAGGACCGAAAGAAAGUAUACCAUUUAUUGACGAUUAUAUUGCAACAUCAGAACCCGUUGUUGACUAUUUAACUGAAUUUUCUGGGAUUGAAGGUUUAACCUCUAAAUUAUUAAAAUUUCAUAAAUUGCUUGCAAGUCUGGAAUUAAAGUCUAUAAGAAGUUUUGACCAAUCAAACUUUGAUCUGCAUAAAAGGGAGCAGCGAAUUAAAAUUUUAAACUCAGAUAUUCCGAUAAUGUCUAACGAUGUAAAUAGUGAUAAUAACCCUCCAAGUUUGUUAAAGGAAAUUGGAUAUGAUACAAUUGACAUUUUAGAUCCUGCGGUAGACACGACUGGAACAAUUUGUGACGUGAUUAAUCUUUCAUCAACAGUAGCUGUUCCAUUUUCGCGAUUUUUACCAAUAGUAGACGAUGUAGUAAAAAUAUUUGAUGAAAUAGCCAAAUUAUAUCAAUCAGCUGAACAUAAUAGACGUAUAUGUGGUACAUUAUUUGAUAGAGUUAUAGCAGCUGAAGCAGCAAUUCGUACUUUGAAAAUUCGUAGAGAUGAACAUAAAGAAUUUUUUAAUCAACAAAAUUUUGUUGUUAUGCAAAAAUUUCUAAGGAAUAUAGAAAACAUUAAAAAAUUUAUUAACGAUGUUUCACAAUUGAAAGGAUUAUCGAAAUAUAUUCAAGCAAAAUCAAUUGAGACUACUUUUCAAGAAUUGACUACAGAAUUUGAUAGAUUUGUUUCUAUUUUGAAUUUAACCAUCACUAUUGAUACCAGAGAUCGUGCUCGAAAAGAUAAAGAAAUCUUGAGAAAAGAUAUUGAAGAUCUUAAUAAGGUAGUAUCGAUAAUGUGUCUUACUGAUGUAAAUAAAAAUGUAUCAGAUUCCGUUAAUCAGUUAAAUUUAUUGAAAGAUAUGAUGGCUCAAUUAAUGGCUGAAAAAGAAAACAAAAAUAAUAAUACACAAAAUCAACAAAUAAUUAAUAGUUUAUUCGAAGAUACAUCUAUAAGGUUUUGUGAAUUUGAAGAAACCACCGAGAUUCGAGGAUCCAAAGUUAGAAAAUAUAUUCGAUUAAAGGAUCGUGAAGAAGUUGCACUUAAACUCGUAGCCAACGAAAAGAAUUCUGAUAAUGAUAGGGAAAAUAUUCGUAAUCAAGUUAUCAUUCUUAAAAAGCUUAAAGAUUGUCAACAAAUUCUUCAAUUUUAUGGCCUCACCUCUGAUGGUGAUAAAACAUACUUAGUAACUGAAUGGGCAGAAUUGAGAAAUUUGAAAGAAUAUUAUACGGCUUAUAAACCUAUAGGUGUUAAAAAGAAAUUAAGGAUUGCUAUUGAUAUUGCUCGUGGAUUGAAUUUUUUAAGAGCAGUUGAUAUUAUUCAUCGAGACAUAAGAUCAGAAAACAUUUUGAUCACUCAUCAUGAAACUGCAAAAAUUGCCAACUUUUAUCUGAGUAGGCAUUUUUAUGAUGAUACGAAAAACCUUGAAGCAACCCAAGAUACAGCUGUUGAUUUGGAUCCAAAUUUUCGUCCAACUUUACCAUUAAUGUUCACUACUCUUCAUAAACUACACAACGCGAUUUGUUUACCAUUAAUCCCUCCCAAUCUAUGUGAUAAUAUUAAUCCUCCUGAAGGAGGAGAUUUACCAGACCAAAAUCUUGAUGAUGAAUUAACGCUACCGGUUAUUAAUUUUGCAGAAUUUAACUACAUGACAAUAGAGGAAGCUUCAAAGAUUCAUAGAAUACCAGAUGCUGGUGUUUUGCCGCCUUUACAAAAGACAUGGAAUAAGACUGUCAAAUCUAAUGAUACUGAUCCUGAUCCAUAA